AUGAGGCAGGUUAGUGCUCCACUGUUUCGUGAUCCAGCCUGGCAGGACAAUUUGUGGGAUCGUCAGCUGCGACUGGACCUGCUCGAGAUCGCGCAGGACCGUUUGAAGAUCGCGAGGUUUUGGCGCAUGCUGCUGGAAGGUGCGGGUUAUGGUCCAGCCUCCAACGAGUGGAGGAGGCCUGUUGUGCAAUUGUUGUUCGCGCGGGUUAAUACUGCAAAGCGGCAGCUGCAACUUGUGCUGGAGCAGCAGGGGCUCGCUCAAGACCAAUGGAAGGAAGCUGGUGUGCAAGUCGAUGAGUUGGCAGCUGGCUUGGUUCCCCUUUUGGUCGAGGUGCGGGCUAUGGUCCGGCCUCCAACAAUUGAACGAGGCCUGUUGUGCAGCCGUUGUUGCGCGGGUUUGCAUUGCAACUUGCUGGUGGAGAGAACCUCCGUUGCCACCGUGCGGCGUAGUGCUUUGGUUCAAAUUCUGGAGAGAUUCGCAAUGCCGCCAGAGAAGCGCCUCGCCGCUGGGCAGCCGGAGGAGGGCGUCAAUGCGAGUUUCUUGGAAGUUUGGUUGGCGGAAAGUGCUUGGGAGCAACAGCUGCGACUGGCGCUGCAGGAGAAGGAGACGGCGCUGCAGGAGAAGGCGAUAGCAGUGGGGAUAUUGCAGAAGGCCGCAGAGGCCAACGACGAGACGAAGAUCAAAGCGGCCAAGGAGGAGGUCGAGGCGGCCGAGACGAAGAUCAAAGCGGCCAAGGAGGAGGUCGAGGCGGCCGAGAAGAAGGUCGCGGCGGGUCCAGCCCAGGAAUUGCCCGGACCGACUGUGCCGGUGGAUUUGGGCGAUUUCGGGCUCCUCGAGCUUGGGGAGUUCAAGGCCGACGAGCUGCUCGACGUCAAGCAGUUCAUGGACUUCGUGGCACCCAACACGACCGCUGACAGACCGCUCUUCCUGCGAAAGCAUCUCCUCAACGUGCACAACAAGGCAGUGGAGGCUUUGCAGGCGGAGAAGAUUCGCCUGGUGUCGCUGGUCGGCUGCCCCGGCACCGGCAAGACGUGGUGCGGGUGGCUGGUGGCCUACACCCUGCAGAAGGUGGGCAAGAAGACCCUGCACCUCACCAUCAGGAACUCAGACGUGACGGCCAUCGCCAACUUCCAGGUCUGCAUCGUGGACGUGAGCAUGGACCUCGCUGAUGACGCGACUCGCAUCUUCACCGGGGUCCGGCAGCUGAUCGAGCGGAACGAGAACGAGUUCGCUGACGUGAAGUUCAUGGGGCUGAUGUCCGGCCACGGUGAGACCAAGAUCGUUGGCAAGCCGUCCCUUCACCUGUCGCCGUGCAAGCUGGUUCUUUGGAGCUGGACAAAAGACGAGGUGGAGGAGCUUCGUGAGAAGUUGGGUGACGCUGGCGCUCCGCCUGCGCAGGCGUAUGCAGUUUGUGGUGGAUCCGUGCGGUUUCUCUUCAAGCCUGGCGAUGAAGAGGGGGUCAUUCGAGCAGCCGUAGGGGGCUUGGAGCAAGCAGACAUGAAAAGGUUGCUGGCCCUGGAUUUGGGCCUGGACGAUGUUGACAAGAAGCACCGCACGGGACUUCUGUCGUUCUUUCCCCGAAAAGGUUCCAACGCAAACGAUGAGAGCUUCGCGCAGGGCGUCAGCGCAGCACGGCCGAUGCCCCGCUCCGACUUCGUCAUCAAGUGCAUCAAGCAGAACAAGCACGCGAAGUUUGAGGAGGUGUUGAACAUGUACAAGGAGCUCUCGAGCAUGAACGCAGGCGCCGCCGGCUGUGCCUUCGAGCUCUUGGUCCACCUGUUUUGGCGGGAUGCUGAAGCGACAGAGCAGAAGGUCGAGCUUUCACUUACGGGCAAGGAGAUCGCCAAGGAGGUGGACGUGGAUUGCAAACAGUUCAAGAAGUUGGAGGAGAAGCCUAAAAGUAUCGAAGACUAUAACAAGGAGGCCGUCGCAGUCGUCGAUGACAUUGUGGGCUACUUCACGCCUGACAGCCCGCAAUAUGCUGUGCUCGACAGCAUUCUCAGGUUCAAGUUUGGCGGGAAGACCGAGGUGUUGGCCAUCCAGAUCAGCAUUGCAAAGGAGCACAAGCAUGGCCCGCUUGAAGACCGGCCGCAGUUGCUGCCCCCUGCGCCAACCAAGCCGCAGUUGGCUUUGUGGGACUUUCGCAAGGGAGAGAAACCCUGCGAGUGGAAGCCCAAAGAUUCUCAUGACUGGGAGCUGCUGCACGUUAGCUGCCAAGACUUUGACAAGCGGAUGGGGUGCAGUUGA